AUGAGCUGGAGUUUCUUGACACGUCUACUAGAGGAGAUCCACAACCAUUCCACAUUUGUUGGGAAGAUCUGGCUGACGGUGCUGAUUGUAUUCCGCAUUGUCCUCACUGCUGUGGGAGGGGAAUCCAUCUAUUAUGAUGAGCAAAGCAAAUUUGUUUGCAAUACAGAACAGCCAGGCUGUGAAAAUGUGUGCUACGAUGCUUUUGCCCCCCUCUCUCAUGUGAGGUUUUGGGUGUUUCAGAUCAUCCUGGUCUCUAUUCCCUCAGUAAUGUACUUAGGCUAUGCUGCUCACAAAAUUGCCCGGAUAGUGGAACAUGGUGAAAUGGAACGGAAGUUACGAAGCAAACCUUUUCUAAUGCGCUGGAAACAACACCGGGGUUUAGAAGAGGCAGAAGAUGAUAAUGAAGAAGAUCCAAUGAUGUAUCCAGAGAUUGAGAUAGAGAGCGAGCGAGAGAACAAGGAAAAUCCAUCCGUCACAAAAAUGAAGCAUGAUGGUAGGAGACGAAUCCGAGAAGAUGGGCUUAUGAAGAUUUAUAUCUUUCAACUCCUGAGUAGGACUGUGUUUGAAAUUGGCUUCCUGAUAGGCCAGUAUUUCCUCUAUGGAUUUGAAGUCAGUCCAACAUUUCUUUGUAGCAGAGAUCCAUGUCCUCAUACAAUUGACUGCUUCAUUUCAAGGCCCACAGAAAAGACCAUAUUCCUGCUCAUCAUGUAUGGUGUGAGUGGUCUGUGUUUACUUCUGAACAUCUGGGAAAUGCUUCACUUGGGAUUUGGCACCAUUCGGGACACACUGAACAGUAAGCGGAAGGAGCUAGAAGAUUCAGGAACUUACCAUUAUCCUUUUAUUUGGAAUACACCAUCAGCUCCUCCAGGGUACAAUAUUGCAAUGAAACCUGACCAGAUACAGUACACAGAAUUGUCUAAUGCCAAAAUAGCACAUAAGCAAAAUAAAGCCAAUAUUGCCCAAGAACAGCAAUAUGGCAGCAAUGAGGAGAACAUGCCCACUGAACUGGAGAACCUCCAGCGAGAAAUCAAAGUAGCUCAGGAACGCUUAGAUCUUGCCAUUCAUGCAUAUAAUAAUCAGAAUAAUCCAUCCUGUUCCAAGGAGAAGAAGCCCAGAGCCAGCUCAAACAAAAGCAGUGGCAGUAGUAAAUCAGGAGAUGGGAAAACUUCUGUUUGGAUUUGAUGCUGUUCAUUUGAGAGGGAAUGCUACCUUUCUCUCAUAGCCUAUUAUAUCUAGCAAAUUGGGUGCAGAAGAAUUUCCAGUAAAAAAUAAUUGGCCUUGUUAAAGUUCAGGUAUAUUUUGUGCUGCUAAAUGGUACUGUCCAAACGAACAGAAGAGAAAAGUAUUUAUGCUCACAUUCUGAUGUUUCCAAAACGUAUUCAUGUUUCUUCCAGAUCUGGAGAAGUCCCAGGGUUUUUUUAAAUUAUUAUUAUUAUUUUUGUUGAACAGUUUACACUGUACGUACAGUAUUAUGGUACAUUUUAUUAUGCACAUUUUUGUAUUUGUAUAUUGGAUAUCUCAGUUAUACAUUUUAUAUUAAAAGGAAUCAAAUAGGAAUUUUCAACAUUUUUCUAAAGUUUUCCUCCUCACAUUUCAUAGAGAUGCUGAUCUAUUUUGAGUUUUAUAGAAGUUUGAAUUAUGGAGCAAAUACUUCUGGAUGACUGUCAUGAACAAAGAUGUAACCCCUUCUGCAUUCAUGUCCCAGACAAAUAAAUUCAACUUUAGGAUCCCCACACUGGAUAAGUACUGAACCCAAUUUUGAGAAGUAGCAUUUUUUUUAAAAAGAUACUUCGGAUGCAGGAUGUGGAAAUACUGUGUGUAUAUGAAUGUCAGCAGGAAAUACUCAGCUGUUCAAGGAUGAUUUCAAUACAAAACUAUAUUUGGUGAAAGGUUGAAAAAUGUUACCAAGUAAAUAUUUUCUGGAACCUUUAUUUAUCAGUUGAACUGAAUUCAAUCAAGAACAAAGUUAUUAGCCAAAUGUUGGGAUGGUGCUGUAAAUGGGAGGAUGAGAGAGAAGGCAGAAUACUUUCAGAAAGUUAAUGGACUUUAUUCGGAAGUUUGUCUUGAAUAAAAUGCAGCCUGUGUUGG